AUGGGUAAUCGCUUAGUGACAUCCCGCCCGCCUCUGGGCGCGGGUUGCUUGGGCCAGAAGCUGCACUGGCACGCGGUGCAGGUGGAGCACUACAUCUGCAACUUCGGCCACAUUCCGCUGGGACAGAUCAGUGCCCGCAAGAUCAACAUCCACAACUGCUGCGCAGAGGCCGUCUCCCUCUUCCUGGACAAGAAGCUCCUACGAGAGAACGGCUUCCUUGUGGAGCCGGAGUCUAUCAAACCGCUCGCGAAGGGGAAGAGCUUCAUGCUCCAGGUCUCGGCAACGCGUGGGCGCGAUGAGCCGGAAGGCACCGUGGAGCUCGAGUGGAACUUGCCGGUGAGGGGAGGCCCGAACUACAAAAUCCAGCUCGUGGCGGACUUCGUUCUGCCCGACCUGGUGCUCUCCACGGAGUCCAUCGACUUCGGCCGCAUCAUCGUAGGCCACCGGAAGCGUGCCCUGCUGUCCUUCGAGAACAACAAAGCCAUCCCUGUGGAGUGGGCCUAUGUGGAGCCCAAGAGCCACCUGGGCAGGUCGUCCGAGGGUGAAGACCUGGCGCAUUGGACACCUCGGCUCGGCAAGCGCAAGCUUCUGAACCGGCCCGAGCACACCAAAGCCUCCAAGGGGGAGAAGGCUGUCGGCGUGCCCCAUGCAGAGGACCGGGUGCUGACAGCCUCCUUUGCCCCCGACGGCGCGCAGCUCUUCACAGGCACGCUCCAGAUCCGCAUGCGGGACAACCAGCGCAGGAAGUCCAUCGUUGUCCCCUUGCAGCAGAUCAGUCUCGUGGUGUGGGUCACGGGGCGCGGCGACGUGCUCCGCCUGGAAGUCAGGCUGGUCAACCCCACCGACUACCCCAUCGAGGUCUUCAGCACUGAGUUCGAUGAGAAGUACCUGGCUGAGGAGCGGGCUUUGACGGACUACGACGGCUACCACCGCGGCAUCGUGGAGGUGCCCCUCCGGCAGCCAGGCGAUGGCAUGUGGAAGCAGGUGGCGCAGCGAGUAGUCGAGGUUCGCAAAGCCCGCAAGGAGGAGGCCGAGGCCGCGAAAGCAGCGAAGGAAGAGGAAGAGGAGGGGCAACCUCCCCCAGAGGCGGACCCCGAGGCGGAAGCUGCCGAAGCUCGUGCAGCCGAAGAGUUGGCCGCCUUGGAGGCCAUCGCUGAGCAGCCGGAUCCGCCGGAGGAGCUGGAUGCCUCCUUCUAUCCCUACCGCGUGAACGGCCCGGACAGGGUCAACGCUGUUCUGGUGGGACCUCCGAAGUCUGGCAUGUCGACCCUGGCCCGGUCCUUGUCCAAGGAGGACAGCCGCCGUGUGCUGAAGAUCGAUGAUGUGCUGGACUGGGUGAGCAAGGCACCUCCGUCCUUGCACAACGACUGGAAUGCCCGGACCACUGGCAAGAAGCUGGCAGGUGGCCAGGCCAUAACGACGUCUGAGGUCGCCCACCUCCUCAAGCGGCGCUCGGAGCUGGCCGACUGCAACACCGGGGUCAUCUUGGACGGCUUGGAGAGCCAGCACCUGCAGCCCAAUCAGGUCCUGGAGGCCAUGCUCGAAGCCUUCAAAGUUGAGAAGGUGGUCUUGAUGACAGCCAGAGGCGCUCCUAAGCAUAUGGAGUACUCCGAACAUGAUCUUCGGCCCGAGGCGGGCGAGCCGGCCGAGGACGCCGAUGCAGAGGACAAGGCGCCAGCACCCGAGGCUGCGGAGGGCGCCGUGCCAGAGCCGCCGGUGCUGCGGCCGACAGUGCAGGCGCAGGCCCUGUCGCGCAUCUUUGCCGCCCUCCAGGGCGAAGUGAAGAACUACAUACAGGAGCUGAAAGCCGCACUUCCCGCUCUGGAGGCCGCGCAGAAGGCGGCCGAGGAUGCUCUGGCGGAGGUGUCUGCUGAGAAGGACCAAGAGCCCGCGGAGCCCGGGGCGACGUUGGACCCUAAGAGCCUGGAGACUGAGGAGGAGAUUGAAGCAAAGCAGGCGGCCAUCCUCGAAGCCAAGAAGGCCGUGGCAGAAGCCAAAAGGGACCUUGAGUUCGCGCAGGUGGACCCCGAGGUUGCUGCCGUCCUCGCGGCCCAGAGGGAGGCUGCGCAGCCGCCACCCUCUGCCAAUGGGAAGGCCAAGUCCAAGGCCAAGCCGAACGCCGAAGUGGAGGAGCCCCCACCUCCGGCGGAGGCCUAUCUGGAGCUUCGCGACAUGGCGAUCUCCACGUGUGAGAGGAGCGUCAGAGGGACCUGGAACGCCGCCGCCGCCAGCGGAAGGCCGCGCAAAUUCCCAGAUGCCGCCGCCGCGGAGCCCAUUGACGUCACGGCCGCAGACUUUGUUCCUGUACUGGAGGACUACGUGCCGCCUACGGAGGCACACGCCGUGUCCUCGAACCUCCCGAAGCAGCGCAACCUGUGGAGUUUGGCGGCCUCGCUGCCGCUGGAGGACAGCGUCGCCGUGGAGAUCGGCUUCAAUGCGGGCCACUCUAGCCUCCUCUUGCUCUCGGCACAUCCCAAGUUGAAGGUCGUUGCCUUCGACCUGUGUGAGCACGCCUACACGAAGCCCUGCUUCGAUGUCCUGGCCGCCGCCUUCCCCGGGCGUCUCCGGCUCGUGCCCGGCAAGUCGCAGCAAACACUGCCGAAAUGGGCGGCGGACAACGAGGAGAGAGCCUUGGCUCCUUUUCUAAAGGGCCCAGGAGCUGAUCUGGUGCAUAUUGACGGUGACCACGAUCCUGCGGCAGCCCGCGCAGAUCUGCGGAACGCCAAGUCUGUGGCAAGGUCGGGUGCUUGGGUCGUCUUUGACGACACCUGCUUCUCGCCUUUGAAGGCCGUGUGGGCUGAGAUGCUGGAGACAAAGCUCAUCUCUGUGCCACAGAGGCAGUUCUGUGCGACGUCGCGACAUAGCAGCUAUGGUAUUGCCAGAUACACGCCGAAGGCGGGAAAGCCAGAAGAUUUGCUUUGGAACCUCCGACCCGCGCUGGAGCAUCGUGGGCGCAUGCGACACGUCUUGGUCAUGGCGCCGACGGACCAUGGGCAGGACAGCCUGCUCGGCUACUUAUCGAAGCAUCGGACGUGGCCAGGCAAGGCCUCGUCCUCCAAGAAGCUUCGGCCGAGCACCACGGAGCGGCACCAGAGCCACUGGAUCUCCCUGCCUCUUCGAUACUCGGUAGGAUAUCAGCAUGACGACAUGCCUUGCCUGAUGCAGCUCGUGGCCCCACACUUUGCGGAUACCCAGCAGAUCACAGACUGCUUUCCUCUUGUGGAUGGCUUCCUGGCGGUGGUGGACUGCGCCGAAGGCCUCACGGAGCCGUUUUGCCAGGUGUUUGGGGCCGCAGUGGCGCGUGGCUUGCAGCCCGUCCUCUUUCUGAACAAGCUUGACAAGCUCCUCUCACUGGAAACCGACAACGAGCUGUGCUAUCAGCGGCUAUGGCGUAUCGUGGACCGGUUGAACAGCAUGAUUGAGGGUUUGCCAUCCGUCAGGCCCCUGGCGGUGGACGAUGGCAGCAUCGUGUUUGGAAGAGGCUCACUGAGUGUUGCAGAGUCUGUGGGUGGUUGGGGCUUCACUUUGGAUCAGUUCCUCAUGGCAACGGCCAGACGAAAGGCGUGGACCCAAGAGCAGGUAGAGAAGCUCCGGCCACGCUUGUGGGGCGAUCACUUCUACAACGGCCGCUGGGGCGCGGACGGCGAGCGCGGGGCCUGCAAGCUGGUGCUAGAGCCGGUUCGCGGCAUCUUUGCCACCCUGGAAAACCCCCAGGCGGAGCCCAUGGCGCGCCUGAAGGCCCUGCCUUCAUCGGGGCUCAGGCUUAUUCAGGGUUUUAGGGUUUGGGGUUUAGGGUUAGGGGUUUAG